AUGCAAACUCGUGAAUCGACCAGAACGGCCGAAUCUUCAAUGAUUCACUCUCGAAAAUACCUUCCCGAUGCCACACUUUUGCUUAUUGGGUUCUUUGGCGCGGGAAAGAAGACCCUUGGCAUCAUCGCCUCGGUAGCAUUGCACCGCCGCUUCAUCGAUUUCGAGGCUUUCUUCCGGGAGAAGACCGGUUUGUCGCCGCAGGCCUAUAUCGCAGCGCAUGGGUUGGCUCAGUAUCGCACUGUUGAGGAAGAUCUGACCCGGGAGCUGCUCACAAAAUGCCGCAACGGCUGCGUGAUUGUCGGUCUUGGCGCUUUGGCAAGCAACCAGCAGCAAAUCUUGUUGAAAGAUUUCGCACAGGAUCAUCCUGUGGUCUACGUGAGGAGAGCUGAAUCGGAAUUGCGACGGUACAUGGGUACCAGCCAGGACAAGUUCGAACGCUUUUGGCAGGCGGGCAAUACGUUCUUCGAAACCUGUUCUAAUUUCGAGUUUUACAAUCAGACUCAUACCGAUAGUCGGGAGUUUGAACGUCAGCUCCCUUCAAGCUUGAAGCUCAAAGAGACCGAACGGCUGUUCGUCGAGUUCAUUCGGCGCAUUUACGGACUGUCGCACGGGUCUCCAUUCUCAUCGGAGGUGUCUCCUGAGGUGCACACCUUCGCUUUGCAGGUACCACUGGAUUGGUUGGAUUCAUACAAGGACCCCGAAAUACUGGAUUCUGGAGCGGAUGCCAUAACCUUGCUCAUCGACGCCGACGUCGACGGCAAGGAUCAAAACCGACUGAAGAGUCAACUAGCAAGACACAUGGCCACUUUGAGACUGCACUCUCGUGUCCCUGUAGUCGUGGAUCUCGGAUUCUCACCUAGAAAAAUAGACACCUAUCGUUCGGUGCUGGAGAUGCUUCUCCGACUUGUUCCGGACGCUGUGACCUGCUCUCUCUCCUGCCCGGAUGAAAUUAUCCAAUGGUUGAAUACUACAAAGGGAAGCAUCAAAACGAUUGCAACAUGGCAUCAAUCGACUCCAUUGGGAAUAGAUGUGUCUCAAACCGCACACAUCCCCGUCGAGAAAGCAAUCCAAUCUGGGUUUGACUGCAUUCGCAUAACUGGCGAGUCGUUCUCAAUUGAAGACAACCUGGCCUGCGUUGCCCUUCGUCAAAGACUGAUACAGAACUCAACCAUCCCAGUUAUUGCUUACAACACUGGACUGUCCGGUCGAGCAUCCAUAUGCCUGAACCCUACUCUGUCACCGGUGGUCCCCUCUUCCAUGAACGCCACAGGCGUCACCCUCUCAGACGCACAAAAAGCCCUCACAUCCUGCUUUCUGACCACCAAGAUGCGGUUCACACUGGUCGGCCAAGCACUAGAACAUACUCUCUCCCCCGCAAUGCACGUCGCAGCGUACGCGGCCUGCGGGCUGCCACAUAGCUACGAAGCUGUGCAAGCAGCGACGCUCUCCGAAAUACGCACGCUCCUCGAGGACGGUAGCCGCAGCGGCGUAGCGAUCUCCAUCCCUUACAAAACCGCCGUCCUACCACUGUUGGACGAGAUCAGUCCGGAUGCCCGGAACAUCAAUGCCGUCAACACAGUAGUUCUCAAGCGGCACCGUCACGAUGGACAAGUGGUCACCACGCGAAAAGGGUAUAAUACUGACUACAUCGGAGUGAGGAAUUGCAUCCACCAGCAUCUUUCUCCAGCAAACGCCAUCCGGGAUGGAACAACCGUUUUGAUUAUUGGGGCGGGCGGCAUGGCACGUGCAGCUAUCUAUGCCUGCUACAAGAUGGGUGUCCGGCAAUUUUGCAUUUACAACCGUACACUUGAGAACGCUAGGAAGCUGGCAGAGUAUUUCCAUCGUUGGACUCAUCAGUCUGGCACCAAUCUUGAGUUUGAAGUCAUUGAAUCGAUAGAAACGCAGUGGCCUACACGCUUCCGCCUACCGACUAUAGUCAUUUCUUGCCUCCCUGGUCAGCAGGUGGGAUGUGGGGAGAUGGUUGAUGUCCGAAUAUCCGAACGGUGGCUGCAGAGUACCACUGGAGGGGUAUUCCUCGAGGUUGCGUACGGCCCGUCCAAAACUCCGCUGAUGGAGCAGAUGCUUCCUUUUGCAACGAAAGGGUGGGUAGUGGUAGAUGGACUGAGUCUGCUGGUUGAACAGGGUAUUGCCCAAUAUGAGAUUUUUACUAAACGGCCUGCUCCGGUCCCUGCCAUGCGGAAAGUGAUAUACGAGCUGUCGAAGAAGAAUGGGUAUCUUCACCGGUAG